AUGCUGAAGACGGAUACUCCAAAUAAUCAUGCCUUCGAGAACACAACAGCUAGGGAACCCGAUCACGACCGCAGUUCACCCCUUCGCCCCUCAAACUUGUCAAUACCGAAAAACAGAAGUACCGGAAACCUUCUCAUACAUGCUUCAACAGGAACGGAUAGAUCCAGAAUACGAUUUUCCUUUGACGAAGGGCUGGCGGCGGCAGAGUUUGACACAAUGUCGAGUACUAGAUCACCCAUCGUGACGGAACAUGAGCAUGGGCUCGGUGCUUCGGGUCUAAGACGAAUUCGACAACAACUUCCUCGGGCACCAACUCUACCAUCUUCCGAGAGCUCUUCCAGAGCUGCAUCUAUAGGUGCUCGAUCGACGUCAAUGACCCUUCCCUUUCCUAGUCGAACAGGCUCUGUAGCGAUGCCGUCUGGGCCAUCCUCUCCAACUCUGCCCUUCACCGAAGAUCUCACACGUUUUCCAUCUGAGUCAUUACAUUCCUUCUCGUUCGCCCACCAAUCGGAUGAAUUCAUUCACAAUCGUCAAAAUGUCCUGAAGAGGUCCGUCGAGUUUAUGUCACAAAAGCUGGGCUGGGGAACAACAAAUGCGGGAUUGGCCAGUGCACAAGCCAGAGUUAGCGGGGACGCGGAGAUGCAAGCCAUGCUCGAGCUUCUGGCGAAAGCUAAGUUGGUUGGAGCGAAGAAUAUUGGGACUGGGCAAGAUCAAGGGAGGGGAGGGGCCCUUACCGGGCCGGCAAGUGCUCAAGACUCUCGAAAUGUUUUCGAUACUAGCUUUGCCAUGCGUUCCGAGAGUCCAGAGCAGAUGGAAAGUGCUCCGCCUUCGCCCACAAACGCUGAAAAAGUACCAUCGUCAUCACUCAUCUCAUGCGAAAAUGAUUUUCAGUCUGUCGAACCCCAGAAUGGCAUAGUAUCAGCUUUACCAGCUGAUUCUGAACUUUCAUCCAGGACUCCCACCAAUGAGAGUAGGACGACGGCGAAAACGUCCCCGCCAAUCACUAGACGGCCAAGUCUAAAGAGGACCUUUACUGAUCUGGAACCUCUGAACCUCCAGAAUAAACUAAUGGACGCCAUGUCCCUUCCCUACAUAGCUACCGAUUCCCUUCAUGAAUCCAUGUUUUCUCCUUCAAUUCCACGAACCGCCAGCGCUUCAACUUUCGGACCUCAUUCAUUGGGCCCAGUUAAUCACAGUCAUUCGAGCAGGUGGACACCUGCUGCGCAAGCAAUUUUCACUACCGAAAGCACUUCACCAUAUACCAUUCUAGCUGCCAACGAUCUCGCCUGUCUGGUAUUUGGUGUUACAAAAGCAGAAGUUCGCAAGAUGGGCAUCCUUGAAGUUGUACAAAAAGAAAGACGGGCAUGGUUAGAGGACAAACUAAGCACGCACAGAUUCGGAUCCGAGGUUGGAAAACAAACUCCUCAAACACCAACGAGCCAAAUUCAGCAACCAAGCCCAAUGAUAACUACAUCAACGCUGCUUGGUCGGCCUGGUGGUAUCACGGCUAGCCUUCUGAGUAAACCUAAUUCGCGUCAAGUACAGAAACCCAGCCGUCGAGCACAAACCGAUGAUGGUGCGGGCUCGAGUCUUGUUUCGAGGACACGAGCAGUGAAAGGUGGCCUGAAUCAUCAAAGUAAUAAGUCUAGAGGUGUUCUUUUAUGCGGUGACGUGGUACCCAUUGAAAAACGAAACGGCGCAACAGGCUCGGCAAGCUUGUGGGUGAAGGAGAAGAGAGGUGGCCUCAUUUGGGUUUUGGAAGAGAUCCACGAAGAUGUGGCAAUCAUUGGCCUGGACGACGAUGCUGCCAUUAUGAAUACCUCUGGAUCCAUCGAUGCGAUUUGGGGAGAUGCCGUUACUUGGACGGGCAUGGAUAUUGGGAAACUUCUACCAAGACUCUCGCGACAAGGAAUUGACGGCAGAAGUGGAGAAAUCGAUUACGCCGAAGUCAGUAAACGUAGAUAUUUUACGGCUCGUACUUCUGGAUAUGUGAAUAUUCCCGCAGUCGUCGAUAGAGUCCCUGGUGGCACGGAUCUUCGCGUUUCCAGCUUUCCUCAUAUUGCCGGUAUCAUGGUUUUGUCUGCGCAAACCUUAAAGAUCACGAGUUCUAAUUCCGUCUUCUCCGCCGCGUUGUUCGGGCAGGAUAAACCUGACGGUCGACUGAUUACUGACUUGAUACCCGAUUUCGAUAGAAUGCUGAAGAUUCUCACGGAAGAAGAUGGUGUGGAGAUGGUCGACGGGAUUGUUAUCCCUGAACAUAGUUUCAGGCGGGCUCAAGCUUUCCUUGCACUACGGAAUGGAAAGGCCGAUGCAUCGACAUACUUUUUGAGGCCAGAUGGAUUAUCAGCCAGACAUAGAGAUGGAUCGGAGAUCAAGAUCGAUGCUCAACUUAGGGUCGUUAAGUCGGAUCCCAAAACGUCCGUCUACGAUGAGAACGUCAUAGAAGAAAGAAGUGACGAAGAAGAUGGACCGACGACCUGCAAGCCUGCCAUACAAACCGAACUCGUCUACGCUUUGUGGAUCACAUACUCAAGAAAUAUUCAUGCCGCAAAACACGCUAAUGGCAUGACAACUCCUUUACCAUCCGGACUUGAAACCCCAUUGCAUCAACCUUCUCCAGGUCAAACAGGACCUCCAGCUCCCAUGAAAAUGGACUCUUCGUCGGAUUCCGAUGAGCCCAAGAAUGAAGCAUCGCACGUGUCUAUGCUCACAGCACAGCUCAAGGUCGCAGCAAAGAAGACAGCAGCUAAGCUUACGGGUCGCGAUCGGUCUUCGUCAAAAGCACAAGAGAAAGCGAAGCCAGCUGUCUCGGAAUCGGUUAAGCCCGUUGUCAAGAAGUGCAUUGAUGACUUUGCAAUACUGGAAGAAAUGGGCCAGGGAGCUUAUGGUCAGGUAAAACUUGCUCGAUAUAAGAAGAGCGGUAAUAACAAGGUGAUCCUCAAGUAUGUCACGAAAAAACGCAUUCUCGUUGAUACUUGGACUCGCGAUCGUCGGCUGGGAACUGUGCCACUGGAGAUUCACGUUCUCGAUUAUUUGCGUCGGGACGGUCUUCAGCACCCCAAUAUCGUGGAGAUGUCAGAUUUCUUUGAGGAUUCCGUUAAUUACUAUAUCGAAAUGGUACCACACGGAUAUCCAGGAAUGGAUUUAUUCGAUUAUAUCGAGCUCCGCGUCAACAUGGAGGAGAAGGAAUGUCGCAGCAUCUUCGUACAGGUUGCUCAUGCUGUCCAUCAUCUUCAUACCAAGGCCCUUGUCGUACAUCGCGAUAUUAAGGAUGAGAACAUAGUCAUAAAUGGCGAAGGAAAUAUCAAGCUCAUUGAUUUCGGAAGUGCUGCUUACAUCAAAAGCGGUCCCUUUGACGUCUUCGUUGGAACGAUUGAUUAUGCUGCACCCGAAGUUCUCUCUGGCAAACCAUAUCGAGGCAAGCAACAAGAUGUUUGGGCUCUUGGUAUUCUUCUUUACACCAUCGUGUACAAAGAAAAUCCAUUUUAUAGUAUCGACGAGAUCAUGGAUCGUGAUCUUAGGGUACCUUAUGUCAUGAGCGAAGAAAGUAUCGACCUCAUCCGAGGUAUGCUAAAUCGGGACGUUGAUUCGAGAUUAACGAUCGAGCAAGUGAUAGAGCAUCCUUGGUGUGUAGGUGCGGAGAGCGACGAAUAA